AGAGAGGGAGAGGGGAGGAGGGGAGACAGAGAAAUACUGGGAGAGUAGGAGAGCGGCAGAUCUUGAAUCAGCAGAGAGAGGAACGAGCACAACUGAGAGUUCUGACGCGCGGGCUCCUGUCUCCUAGGACAGGACAGGGUAUAACACACAAACGGCACAAACGAAGAUCAAGGACAAGAUUUCCCAGACAUCUCCUCCAGGACGUGACUGAAUGGAGUUGUACUUCUUUAUUUCCCCCCCCCCCCCAGCUCGUUAUUGAGUACGGCGACACAGAAGAAGAAGCAGAAGAGAGGGGACAUCUGUUGUCAAUUGAAAUGCUUCUCACAUGUCAAUCCAUACCCCGUCUGGACUCCGCCGGGUACGCUGCUGGAGUACGCAGGGGGACGAGAUGAGACGCUCGGUUCUGACUGCUCAGACUGUUUUACGGUGCCCGAAGACGGCAGACACAGCGUGUUGCGCGGAGCAGCCACGGAGCAUCUCCGUGUAGCCGGCAUGGUCUCCAAAUGAGCUGCGCUGGGCUGCAACAGAAAGGACAGAGGAUCUCAUGGAAAUGCGUGUCGCUCUUUGCCGAGACCCUUGCGUGCAUCGGCGAGACGACGCGUCACGCGUCUUUUCAACUUUCCCCUCUCUCUCCUGCUCGUGAGGAAAACCGUCUACUGAUUCUCCGACGAGCCAGCCCGGUCUCUCUCCAUUCUGCCCUCAUCCAAGCACGUCAAACGAUACGCAAAACGCCCUUCUGCAACUACAAAAAGGACCCUGAAAGGGAUGACCCCUGGACACGCACGCACACAAGAGAGAAUUUCCUCUGAGCUCGAGGGACGAUGACCAGGAUUUGCGAAGGUCAAAGCGGUUGGGAGGUCAAACGCGAAAUGACUUGUGCUUGAUUGACACGCCGUGUAAAGGCCUGGUGGAGAUUGGUGAAGAGUGAGACUGAUGAGACACUUUGAGAGCAUCGGCCUGCUCUUCUCAUCGUGGUUCCCAAGGGGGGACAUGGGCCCUGCGUCCUGCCAGGAUAAUCUCACAUGUCUUGGGCUGAUACUGGACCAAAACAACAAUAUGCAUCUGCGGUGUCAAUCUUCCUUGGAUAACUAACUGACUUGGCUCUUGGUUUGGAGUACACACUAAUGGAUGUAGGUGGAUUUCCUUAAAAAUCCACCAAAAAAAGAAAGAAGAAGAAUAAAAGACUGCUUUCCGCCCAGGGGCGACAGUCUGACUUCAAAAACACAGAUUUGGAUUGUACGACGCAUUUGUGUGCAUUUGGAUUCCACCCGUGCUGAAGCGGAAAGGGGGGGGCUUGUGUCUCUUUAGUACUGCAUGUUGGCCGGGUAUCUCGCCUGCCUGGGAAUACCACGGGUUUAUAAACAGGAGAUAGCGGAGACGGUUUAUCCCCAAUCCACUCAUCUGUCAACGCUCCCAGCGUCGCCAAAACAAACACAUCCGUACGGAGAGCGGGAGAGGGGGAAAAAAAAACAAAAGAAAGAGCGCGGAGGACAUUGAGCACUGCCUUGCACAUUUCCCUCGGAGCUCGGCAAUCUGGUGGCGGGGAGAGUACUCACGGCUGGGUUACUUUCUAAAGCAUCACCCCCUCUCUGUCAUCGUUACUCUGGUGCACGACAGGUGCCUCUCUGGCAGGUUCUCCCCCUGGGAGGCGAGUGAAAAAAACACAGAGAGAUACCGUAGAAAACAAAUAAGUCUGGCAGAGAGAGAGAGAGAGAGAGAGAGAGAGAGAGAGAGAGAGAGAGAGAGAGAGAGAGAGAGAGAGACAGAGGGAUAGAAGGCCCUGGGCACAGGGCUGGUCCCCCUCCUCUGGCUGCGUCAGAGGGGUGAUGCUGUUCUCGGUGGAGCUAACAUGGGAUCUCUGGUUUAGUCCCGCUGCACAGGGGCCCAGAUAGAGCCGGAACAUAGGAACCCCCCUGUGGAGCGUGUGUCAAACUGUGACGACUUGAUGUGUUUGGACCCACCUGUUCACACACUGCUGUGUCAAAGAUUAAGAAGGAGCUUUGAAUGUCAAUAAGCUAAGGAGAAUGCAUAUUUCCCUCCGUCUAGAAGAAGACGCCACCAUGAGCAACGUCACCGUCACCGACAACACCGCGCCCAUCGGCCGGACGGCCGGCCCCGCCGCCUCCUACCCCUACCCCUUCCCCGUCGGCUUCCAGGUGUCCCUCACCGGCUUCCUCAUGCUGGAGAUCGUGCUGGGCCUGAGCUCCAACCUCACCGUGCUGGCCCUGUACUGCAUGAAGUCCAACCUGAUCAGCUCCGUCAGCAACAUCGUCACCAUGAACCUCCACGUGCUGGACGUGCUGGUGUGCGUGGGCUGCAUCCCCCUCACCAUCGUGGUGCUGCUGCUCUCGCUGGAGGGCGACACGGCGCUGCUGUGCUGCUUCCACGAGGCCUGCGUCUCCUUCGCCAGCGUGGCCACCGCCGCCAACGUGCUGGCCAUCACGCUGGACCGCUACGACAUCUCCGUCAAGCCCGCCAACCGCGUGCUGACCAUGGGCCGCGCCCUGGCCCUGCUGGCCGCCGUGUGGGUGCUGUCCUUCGUCAGCUUCCUGGUGCCCUUCGUGGAGGUGGGCUUCUUCGCCGGCGGCCAGGCCGAGCUCAACCAGACGCUGGUGGAGACCAUGGUGCACACCAGCCAGUGCUACACCGAGCUGGGUCUGUACUACCACCUGCUGGCCCAGAUCCCCAUCUUCUUCUUCACCGUGGUCGUGAUGCUCGUCACCUACUCCAAGAUCCUGCAGGCGCUCAACAUCCGCAUCGGCACCCGCUUCCAGACCUCGCAGAAGAAGAAGGCGCGCAGGAAAAAGUGCCCGUCGACCGCGGCGGCGACGGCGGCGGCGCAGCACGACGGCCCCGACGCCACCGCCGCCGCCCCGCCGAGCACCGGGAGCCGCAUGCCGGCGCUGGGCAUGCGCACGUCCGUGUCGGUGAUCAUCGCGUUGCGGCGCGCGGUCAAACGCCACCGGGAGCGGCGGGAGCGGCAGAAGCGCGUCUUCCGGAUGUCCCUGCUGAUCGUGUCCACCUUCCUGUUGUGCUGGACACCCAUCACGGCGCUGAACACGGUCAUCCUGAGCGUGGGCCAGAGCGACCUGACGGUCAAGCUGCGGCUGGGCUUCCUGGUCAUGGCGUACGGGACCACCAUCUUCCACCCGCUGCUCUACGCCUUCACCCGGCAGAAGUUCCAGAAGGUGCUGAAGAGCAAGAUGAAGAAGCGGGUGGUGUCCAUCAUCGAGGCCGACCCCCUGCCCAACAACGCCAUCAUCCACAACUCUUGGAUCGACCCCAAGAGGAACAGAAAGGUGACGUUUGACGACAAAGAGGCCCGGCAGAAGUGCCUGUCCUCGGAGGACGUGGAGUGAGGGAAGCUUCAGGGCGAGGCCGAGUGUUGUAUAAAAGGAGGACUUUCAUUUACAUCAGGUAGUGAUGCGAAAAAGGGAAACACUUUUAUCCAAAGCAGUCGUGUACAUAGUAUGUGUAUUAGAAGUGUACAAAUAAACAGACAGAUCAUAAUUUAUUACUAUUUAUUGAAAAACAACAAAAGUAGAUUUCAUAGAUACACAAUAAAUAUACUGUACUGUACUGUAGAUAUUGCAUGGCUUUUUGUAAUGGUAGCAAUACACAGCACAUGUGUGUACAUACAAAAAAACGUGUACAGUAUAAGAAUAAUUAGGGAAACGUAUAAAGAACUAGAAGUUGUUAUGUAUAUGUAUAUUUAUAAUAAAUUGUGUCUUCACUUAA